UCUCAGCAUCGCGGCAGUUAGGGGAGUUGUUUCUUUCCUAAGGGGACUCGUAUCUAUCUGUACUCUCUUUACGUAUAAAAAGAGAGGGAAGCAGCGAAAACCACACGACUCGAGGGAGAGGGAGAGGAAGAGAGGGAAGCGUCGGACGGUACUUCUCAAUCUCUCCUUCGGAUCAUCGUCGGAUAUCAUGGAAACUAUCGCCGGUGGUACGGCUCUAUCUAUCCCGCGGAGGAGGCUGGCGGAGUGCGGAGACCUGGAGAGGUCCCUCGACGAAGAGGAUCCUCGCUCGCCUCCGCGCAGACCAUCCAAGACCGGUGGGAGAUGGGGGAGUUGGAAUUGGAAGGCAUGGGAGAAGAAAAUUUUGCUCGUGGUGAUCUUCGUAGUCUCUCUGAUGGGGAUCGGGACGAUUUCGAGCUCUCGCCGGAUCGACGACCUCCCGGAGAGCCAGAGCGUGGUCCACCAUGUUGCCGGCGGUGAGAAGAUAGCCGAGAGGGUCACGCUGGAGAACCAGACCGGACAGCCCAGGAGAGAAUCUGCCCAUCCGAUUCUUGAUAUCUGGACUAAACCGGAUAGCGAAGACUACGGUGGAUGCAUCAAGCGCCCCAAAAACCGCUACAGGAUAGGUGAUGCUACAGGAGGCUGCUUGUUAUUCCGCGCUAAUGGUGGACUGAACCAGAUGAGGAUGGGGAUAAGCGAUAUGGUUGCGAUUGCAAGGAUCAUGAAUGCAACACUAGUAAUUCCUUCUCUCGACCAUGAAUCUUUCUGGAAAGAUCAAAGCGAAUUCGGCGACAUAUUCGACAUGAGGCAUUUUAUGGAUACCUUGAAAGAUGAUAUUGUAAUUGUCGAGUCUCUCCCACGAGCGUAUGCAGCAAUCAAGCCCUUUGAGAAGCCACCUGUUUCAUGGUCUAAAGUUUCUUACUACAAAGCUUUAAGGUCGAUGUUGAAAGCGAAAAAGGUGCUGAAGUUUACGCAUUCAGAUUCCAGGCUUGCGAACAACGGCCUUCCUCCUUCAAUUCAGAAACUUCGGUGCCGUGCAAACUACGAGGCACUUAGAUAUACAGACGAAAUUGAGAGACUUGGGAAGUUGAUAGUUGACAGGCUAAGGAAUGGAAGGGAUGAUCCCUAUAUCGCCCUUCAUUUACGGUACGAGAAGGACAUGCUGUCAUUUACAGGCUGCAGCCACAACCUGACAUUAGAAGAGGCAGAAGAACUGCGUGCAAUGCGUUAUAGUGUGGCGCACUGGAAAGAAAAGGAGAUUAAUGGUACGCAGAAACGGAUACAAGGGGGUUGCCCGAUGACUCCACGAGAAGCUGCUAUUUUCUUGAAGGCUAUGGGCUAUCCUUCCACCGCAAACAUCUACAUUGCUGCAGGACCAACUUACGGUGCCAGUGGCUUGGAUGCCUUAAAAGCAGAGUACCCAAAUAUUCAUACACACAGCAGUUUGACAACAGAAGACGAAUUGAAGCCUUUCGUCAAGUAUCCGAACCGGCUUGCUGCUUUGGACUACAUUGUUGCCCUUAAUGGUGAUGUUUUCGUGUACACUCAUGCUGGUAACAUGGCCAAAGCAGUGCAGGGUCAUAGAAAAUUCGAGGGAUUUCUCAAGACCAUCAGUCCUGACAGGCAAAGAUUUGUGAAACUGAUAGAUCAGCUUGAUGAAGGAAAAAUAUCUUGGAAGGAAUUCGAACUUGAGGUGAAAAGGCAUCAUGUUCAUAGGCUUGGAGGUCCAUACGAAAGAAAAGAAGGGCCGCAUCCAAAGUUAGAGGAGUUCUUUUAUGCAAACCCUAUUCCUGGGUGCAUGUGCAAAAAACAACAGCCGAAGUAGAUAUCUGUGGCACUGACAAUUUUGGGUUUUAGGAAGUGACUUUACAGAGUGAGACAUAGAUGUUCAGAAAUACAGAGUACAGAUUUAUUUUUAUUUUUUUUUAGAAGAAAAAGAAUAAUACAUACAGGAAAUAAUUUUUUCCUGAAUGUUGGCAAUUUUCAACUAGAGCGUGAAUUAUUGGAUUAAGACAAACAAUGCAGCCAGAUAUCAUUCCCACCACCUCUUUUCUGAAUGGUUUUGUUCUUUAUGUGGAUGUAUAAGAAA